GCGCGCCCUGUAAUUAGGAGCUCUUGCUGGUUUGGGCGCCGCCCGCCACGGUGGACAGCCUGGCUGGCUGCUGCGUCAAGGGAGUUUGGGAACGCCAACUCCACAGUGAGUGAGGGUAGCAGGAGUUUAGAGCAAACAGGGCCGACUGCAGAGAAAGUUAAAACAACUGAAGCUAUCAGUUCAACAUGAACGAGCAAUCUUCACCUGCCUUUGAGGAGAAGAAACCUUCCCUGCCUUUGGCUGCGGGGACCCCGAUCUCCAACAAGGACUCCCCCCCCAACCUGUCGGAGUCCUCCGCUGACGCGGGCUUCUACAGCGGGCAGAGCGCGCUGCACCACGGCACGCAGGACUUUUACGCAGCGCAGCAGCCGUACGGAGCUUCUCACAUGAACCCGUACACCUACCACCACCACUACAACCUGAACGGGAUGGCCCCCAGCGGCGCGUACUCGGUGGGGAAAGCGGAAUAUCCGUACUCUCAUGCGGCGUACAGGGAGCAUGGAGCGUUCGGCCGGGAGGUGCAGUCUGCGCUGCAAGAAGGUGUGAAAGAGGAACCUGACCUGGAAGUCCGUAUAGUGAACGGGAAGCCCAAGAAGGUCCGCAAACCCCGGACCAUUUACUCCAGUUACCAGCUGGCUGUGCUGCAGAGGAGAUUCCAGUCUGCCCAGUACCUGGCCCUGCCAGAGCGGGCUGAGCUGGCUGCGCAGCUGGGCCUCACCCAAACACAGGUCAAAAUAUGGUUCCAGAACCGACGCUCCAAGUUUAAGAAGCUCUACAAGAAUGGAGAGUUUCCACUGGGGGAAAUCCCUUGCGAACAUAGCCCAGAUGCCAGCGAUUCCAUGGCCUGCAACUCUCCCCCAUCCCCGGCUGUGUGGGACACCACCAGCAGCAACAACACAAAUGGCAGCAGCAACAGUAUAAGCAACGUCACAAACGACAACAGCCUGAAGAAUAACUCAAUGCUGGAUCCUGCCAGCAGGGGCCAGGGGCCCUAUCAGCCUCCAGUUAGUUCCUCUUCUGCUUACAUGGAUGAGUUUGCACAGCAUAACUGGUACCAGCAGCAGGGGGCACAUUUAGGUCUGGCCCAGUCAGGCCAGAUACAUCACACACCACCAACAGCACCCUCAGAUGCUCAGAGUAUGCGAGCCAUCUACUGAGGCUACAAAUCUGGACAAUCCAAGCCCUGUGCUGAAAAAACUUUUAGGGAUUUCUUUUUUCCUUUUUUAAGGCAUUUCAGCUUUGCUGUGACCCAAAUUACUUGACAGAGAACAUCCACAAGCAAUGACUUGUAAAAAAUACAAAAGGGGGCUGAAAACAGUGUCGCAUCAUUGUGCUCCUUACCCACUCCCAGUUGGACUCAUAACCUUGGGGGAGAUUACAUGGAUUGAAGUGUUUUGCACUGCAUAGUCUGAUGACAUUUUGUGAUUUCUAUUCUUUUUUUUUUCCCUUUGAAAUUUCUCCAUAUUUAACUUGCAAACAUUUAAUUAUUUGGUCAUUGAAAUAAAUUAUGUUGUAGACACGU